AUGACUAUCCCAGAUGAGGUUGACAUCAUCGUCUGCGGUGGAGGCUCUUGCGGCUGCGUGGUUGCUGGGCGGCUUGCAAAUUUGGACCAUAAUCUCCAGGUCCUCUUGAUUGAGGGCGGAGAGAACAACUUGAACAACCCUUGGGUCUUCCGCCCCGGCAUUUACCCCCGCAAUAUGAAACUGGACAGCAAGACUGCCUCGUUCUAUUACUCGAGACCCUCGGAAUGGCUUGAUGGAAGACGGGCUGUGGUACCUUGUGCUCACAUUCUAGGAGGCGGGUCCUCUAUUAACUUCAUGAUGUACACUCGUGCCUCAGCCUCGGACUAUGACGACUUCCAGGCGAAGGGCUGGACCACAAAGGAGCUCAUUCCCUUGAUGAAGAAGCACGAGACAUACCAACGUUCCUGCAAUAACCGUGACAUUCACGGCUUCGAAGGACCAAUCAAGGUGUCAUUUGGCAACUACACCUAUCCAAUCAAGGAGGACUUCUUGCGAGCAUCUGAAUCUCAGGGCAUUCCAACGACCGAUGAUCUCCAGGACUUAGUCACCGGUCAUGGUGCCGAACAUUGGCUGAAGUGGAUCAACCGAGACACUGGUCGUCGUUCUGACUCCGCGCAUGGAUACAUUCACAGCACCCGCUCUGUUCACCAAAACUUGCACUUGAUGGUCAACACCAAAGUCGACAAGGUUGUCCUCGAGGGCGACCGAGCAGUGGGCGUUCGAACCGUUCCCACCAAGCCUCUUGCUCCAGGUCAGAACCACUCGAAGACUAUCAAAGCCCGCAAGCAAAUUAUCGUGUCGGGUGGCACGCUAAGCUCACCCCUCAUCCUCCAGCGAUCUGGUAUUGGUGACCCCGAGAAGCUCCGCAAGGCUGGCGUCAAGCCUCUCAUUGAUCUCCCCGGCGUUGGUCUCAAUUUCCAAGACCACUACCUCACCUUCUCGGUCUUCCGUGCUAAGCCGCAUGUUGAAUCCUUCGACGACUUCGUUCGAGGUGACCCCAAGGUCCAGGAGCAAGUCUUUGGGCAGUGGAAUAUUAACGGCACUGGACCUCUGGCGACCAAUGGUAUCGAGGCAGGUGUUAAGGUUCGGCCUACAGAGGAGGAGCUCAAGAUGAUGGAUAACUGGCCCUGUAAGGAAUUCAGGUCUGGGUGGGAUAGUUACUUUAAGAAUAAACCCGACAAGCCUGUUAUGCAUUACUCCGUCAUCGCCGGCUGGUUCGGUGACCACAUGCUCAUGCCCCCGGGCAAGUUUUUCAGCAUGUUCCACUUCUUAGAAUACCCGUUCUCCCGUGGUUCGACUCAUAUCGUCUCGCCGAACCCGUACGAAGCCCCCGACUUCGAUGCCGGUUUCAUGAACGAUAAGCGCGAUAUGGCACCGAUGGUCUGGGGUUAUAUCAAAUCACGGGAGACUGCUCGCAGAAUGGAUGCUUAUGCUGGUGAAGUCCAGGCUAUGCAUCCUUUUUACUCGUACGACAGCCCGGCUCGGGCUAAAGAUCUCGAUCUCUCGACCACCAAUGCGUAUGCCCUCCCCGGUAAUCUCACCGCUGGUAUUCAGCACGGAUCUUGGAGCAUGCCUGUUGACAAAGGGCGAGCUCCCGAGCCAGCUUUCCUGAACUCGAACGCGCAACAUGUCCAAGAGGAUCUUCAGUACUCGAAUGAAGAUAUCAAGCACAUCGAAGAUUGGGUGAAGAGACACGUUGAGACCACCUGGCACUCCCUUGGAACCUGUUCCAUGGCACCUAAGGAGGGCAACUCGAUCGUCAAGCACGGCGUGCUCGACGAGCGUCUCAACGUCCACGGUGUCAAGGGCCUCAAGGUCGCUGACUUGUCCAUCUGCCCCGAUAACGUCGGCUGCAACACUUACUCCACUGCCCUUCUUAUUGGAGAGAAGUGUGCAGUGUUGACUGCUGAGGACCUGGGUUACUCUGGCUCCGCGCUCGAUAUGAAGGUUCCGACGUAUCAUGCUCCAAGGGAGAUUACGGGUUUAUCUAGAUUGUAAAAGCAGGAAUGGGCAAACGAGGGUAGGCGGGGGCAAGCAGGGGCAAGCGAGGCUGUCUAUGGAGAGGGUCAUGGGGAAGCUUUUGCUCACUCCUUCAUUUGGAAUGAGGGUUGUUGACGGGCGUUGCGAAUAUUGGGCUGCG